AAAUAAAGACAGACAGGUAGACAGACAGACAAAUAGAGACAGUGGGACACACACACACACACAUACGAGAAUGUUAUUCUGGUUGAUGAUUACGCUGCUGAUAUUCGUGUUUAUGUUCUUUUUCUGUAACUUAUUAAAAAAGCCCUAUUACAUCAUGACUCCGAUAAUGCAUGUGACAACGGGAUCCUCACGUUCUCGACCUGAUAUAUGUAAGCGACCGAAGUGUUUUAUGAGGACGGUUCCGAAAGAAGAGAACGUUUUUUUUCGAGAGAUUUCGAGCUCAUCUCCUCCAAGUUAUUUAUUUGAAGAAAAUAGAAAUGCGAAUAUAAAGUUUUACUUCAACAAAGAACCGUCACUUCCCAAUGGUGCCUAUAUAGAAGUAAUUUUGGAAUCUUGGGCUGAGGAUUUUGAAAUACUCCAGCACCAUAGUGGGUACAUACAAUGGUUGUUUCCUCUCCCGAGAAGCAGCAAGACGAAUAUUUAUGCUCAGCCAUUAACAGAAAAAGAGAGAGGCAUCAUCAGCACUGAACCUAUUCUCAGAAGAAGAGUUUUGCGGGCUUUUAAAAUGAUGUUGACAUUCUAUGGCAUACAAAUGGUUGGUCCGCAUGCUUUUGGUCAUCAUCCUAACUUCCGUGAAAGAUUCGAUAAUCUUCAAAGAUACCCAAACAACUUUAAACGGAUUACGAGAAUGAUAGAAUCUCUCAGAUAUCUGGAUUUCAAAAUACAAGCAGUGUUCUUCGUCAAAUUUCUCGCAGAUAUGGUUCGAUUUCAAUUACUACCAAAGGCCGAAGAAUCAAUAAACGAUUAUUGGAUUCCGCGACUGAGCAGACGUGAGCAAUAUCAGUUGCAGAAUUUACUUGAUAACAGCGACAGUAUGAAACAGACCUUUGUUUUUAGCUGAGUAACGCUUCAUCAAUAUACAGAAAUACAUAAUUCUAGAACAUAUGUGAAAGAGAGGUCGGUUAUGGUUCAUAGUAAAAGAAAGGCACUUAAAUAACGAGGAUGUAUCUUAUAAUUUAAUGACGAUCAUACUAAACGAACAUUCGUACAUGUCUUCAAGAUCUGCGUAUGGUCAAAAGACUUAUGCUCAUCAGAUGUUUGGAACUUAAGUUGAACAAGAUAAAGAUGGCUGCUGAGGAAGUAUUGCGCACAAAGCUUUUCGGUAAAGCAAAUAAAAGAUUUUUGUCAAAAAAGGAAAGCAGAAUUGUAA